AUCACGUCACAACAGCUGCUUUGGUCUGAACUCAACGGUCAUUCUCGGCUACACAGUUACCAGCAAGGCCACUAUGCUGUUUUCAAAACCGAUGAAGCCCCUGAGAAACCUAGAGCAUCAAAUCUCACAUACGCCGUAUAUUAAAAGUCGUAAGAAAUGCAGGCACAAAUGGUGGAAAGGACCAGUUGUCUUUGUAUUACUUAUGACUGUUUGCCUGGCAACCUUUGCACUUAUUCAAUCAGUUCGCAAACUAAUCGAUGAUUUACCAGACAAAGAGAAAGCUUGGAAACAGCUGCAAAGUACAACCUGUGAUGAUCCCUGUAGAUUUGUGGUUGUAGAGAGCGUGCCAGAUGGUGUAGUUUAUGGUGAAAAUGCUACAAAGUAUCAAUUGACGUAUAACUCCUGGUUAAACCUAAUCACUAUAGCAAACAGCAGUCUGGACAUUGCCUCAUUUUAUUGGACUCUUACCGGUCAUGAUAUUAAUGUGACUGAUCCCUCCUCCAAGCCUGGUGAAAUCCUGCUUCGUGAAUUGGGGAAAUUGCCAUUAAAAAAUGUUAGUGUGCGCAUUGCUUCAAGUACACUAUCCUUUCCACAUCAACUUUCCACUGAUCUCAAAAUUUUAAAAGAGAAAGGAAUCCACGUGAGAAAAGUAAACUUUCAAAAGUUAUUGAGUGGUGUGCUCCACACAAAACUCUGGAUUGUUGAUAAGAAACAUAUCUAUAUUGGCAGUGCUAAUAUGGAUUGGAGAGCACUAACUCAGGUGAAAGAACUGGGCGCAGUGAUUUACAAUUGCAGUUGCCUUGCCAAUGAUUUCUCCAAAAUCUUUGAAGCUUACUGGAGUCUCGGACUGCCAAAUGCCACCAUCCCUUCACCAUGGCCGCCUUUUUAUUCAACAAAUUUUAACAAAGACACACCUCUCGAAGUGAAACUGAAUGGAACUGCUGCAAAAAUAUACUUUUCAAGCUCACCUCCCAAGAUAUGCCCAAAAGGUCGGACUACUGAUCUUGAUGCUAUUCUCAGUGGUAUCAAUGCUGCAAAGAAGUUUCUGUACAUUUCUGUCAUGGAAUAUUUUCCAACAUCACGUUUUCUACAACAUGUAUUGUAUUGGCCACAUAUUGAUGACUCAUUGAGAAAAGCAGCUAUUGAACGUCAUGUUCAUGUUCAAAUGUUGGUUGGUUACUGGAAACAUACAGAUAAAUCCAUGCUGGCUUAUCUUCAGUCACUGCAAGCUCUAAGAAACAUCAGGAAAGUCCAUUUUGAUGUGAAACUAUUCGUUGUUCCUGUGGGAAAGUUUAGCAAUAUUCCUUAUGCGAGAGUGUGUCACACAAAAUACUUUGUGACAGAAAACAUUGCCUAUAUUGGUACUUCGAACUGGUCUUUUGAUUACUUCAAUUCUACAACAGGAGUGGGUCUGCUCAUUAAUCAGACUUCGGAAGAAGCUGGUGAUACAGCUCACCAUCAGCUAAAGAAUCUGUUUCAAAGAGAUUGGAAUUCCAAUUAUUCUGUAACUUUGGAUGAUUUGAAAGAUAAAUCUGGUUUUCCAUUUAAAAUGAAUGGGCUGGAAUGAUGCCUUUAGGAAAAAAGAAUCAUCUUAAUCUCACAAUUACACUUAUAAUUGUAUCUGGAAGGAUUUUAUUUGGAACAUAAAGAAAGCAAAUUAAAAGUAAGCUAUUAUAUUGUUGUAAGUGAGCAAUCACUGGCAGCUCUAUGUUGAAAUAACUCCUGGCACUAUGCAUAAAUAUAAACUAAGCUGUUAAUGCAAUUUUGAAUUUCAUUUAGCACAAACAUUGUGAAUUAAGAUUAAUUAUCUGAAUUAUUACAUUUCUUUAUGUUCACACUGAUGGGAAGUUACGAAUAAAACAUUGAGUCAGACAACCUAAGGUUAUUUGAAACAGAAACAGAAAGUGCUGGAGAAAUUCAGCAGAUCUGGCAGCAUCUGAAAAUCAAUUCACAUUUUCUAUCUACUGAUGCUGCUGGACCUUCUGAGUUUCUCCAGUAGUUUCUGUUUUUGUUUCAGAUCUCCAGUGUCCACAGUUCUUUGUUUUAUUAACCUGAGGUUAUUUAUCCACCAACAAUAAUGUUGCAUCAAAACAAUCCCCGUUUUGUUGUGAAGCUCUAAAAUGUUGUAUGACCAAAAACUGACAAUCCUAAUCUCAGAUCACAACCCAGCCCCUAGCAAUUAUAUUUAAAACCAUCUCAGCAGCUCAAGUUCAAGAAAAGAUGGGGCGAAAUUGAAACAUUAUAGUGUGAUGAAAUAGUGAGCCGAUCAUCUGGCCAAACUCCUUUUAGCUGUUGCUAAAAGGAUAAUCAUGAAUACAACAUUUGGCCCAAAAAAAGUGUCAAGCAAUUUUCUUUCACUAUUGACCAUCACUUUACACGCUACAGAAAUUCUGGUGAAUACAUUCUAUGCUUUGUAAUGGCGACGUGGGUGUUUUCAAUUUGUCGUUUCUAGCAGUUCCACCAAAUAUACCAAAUUCAGGUUAGAUGCGAAACCAUCAGUGUAGAUCAACUGUCCAAACUCUACAAAGUUGAGGUUGAUUCACUGUCAGUUUAUCCACUGCGGUGUGAAUGGAAAGAAUGUGUCUAGUGUAUUCUUUUCUAAUGCAAUGAUUCAUCCCAUAAGCUCACAUUCAAUUACCUUUUUGUUAGGAAAAACAAAAAUAUUAUUGGUUUGAGGUGAAACCAAUCUCUAUAAGGUUGUUGAUACAGAACAGCAGCUUAAUCACUAACACAGACCUCUAUUUAAUGAAUUAUGUAUGCUAUGUGAUUUGUAAUUUUUUAAAAAGAUUGAUCAUAAAUAUAAUCAUAUCAACCAAUGACAUCAGUAAACUGACUCUCACGUACCCUGAUAGGACAACUGGUCAAUCAUUUCAUUCACUGUUUAUGUGGAGCAUCCAUGUGCAAAGUUAGCUAACAUAUUUACUUACAUAAUAAUAAUUGUACUUCUAACAUAAUUGCUAUGACUUUUAAGGUAUUCUGAGAAAAGCAUAAGGCUCCGUAUUAAUGCAAGUUUUUCCCUUCUCUAAAAUGUGUAAGUUUUGUAAGUUUGAGGAAAUUCAGUGUAUUGCAAUAAACAUAUAUUGGCCCCUACAUAUUCAGCAAAGUAUAAAAUAUAUAAAACCUAUUAGCAGGUUCUGUGUUUUGAAUCACAUUUAUUUUUAGGAUGUGACACUAUUCUUUGUGUUGUGUCAUUCAUGACAUCAUCUUUGAAAUCAGCUUCAAUUUAAUCAGAGGCCUUACAAUGUGUCCUUGUGUUUAUAUUGCUUUAACUAUGGUUUCAUAUUAAACUGAUAAUUAACUGA